CGGGCACCGUCCGCGGCCGCCGCCUCCCGCCGCCCGUCCCGGGCCAUGGAGCUCGCCAAGGGCAAGGCGGGGGCGGCGGCGGCCGGGAAGCUGCUGGUGAGCUCGCUGCUGGACUCCAAGGAUGAGCUGGAGGAGCGCCUGGAGCGCUGUGUUGGCAUCGUCUCCUCCCUGACCAGCGGGCUCUCGGAGCGCGAGGCCAACGACGCCCUCAACGCCCACAUCUGCAAAGGGACCCCCCAGCACGAGGAGAUUUGCCUGGGGCUCUUCACCCUGGUCCUGACAGAGCCGGCCCAGGCCCAGAAGUGUUACCGGGACCUGGCCCUGGUCAGCAGGGAUGGGAUGAACAUCGUCCUCAACAAGAUCAACCACAUCCUGAUGGAGAAGUACCUGAAGCUGCAGGACACCUGCAGGACCCAGCUGCUGUGGCUGCUGCGGGAGCUGGUGAAGAGCGGCGUGCUGGGAGCUGACGGGGUGUGCAUGACCUUCAUGAAACAGAUUGCAGGCGGGGACGUCACUGCCAAGAACAUCUGGCUGGCAGAGAACGUUCUGGAAAUCCUGACAGAGCAAAGGGAGUGGGUGCUGAAGAGCAGCCUGCUGGUGGCCAUGGCCGUGUACACGUACCUGAGGCUGAUCGUGGAUCACCACGGCACGGCCGCGCUGCAGGCGCUGCGCCAGAAGGAGGUGGAGUUCUGCGUGUGCCUGCUGAGGGAAAGGUUCAUGGACUGUUUCAUGAUCGGCCGGGACCUGGUGCGGCUGCUGCAGAACGUGGCUCGGAUCCCCGAGUUUGAGCAGCUCUGGAAGGACAUCCUGCACAACCCGCAGGUGCUCAGCCCCCAGUUCACAGGUGUGCUGCAGCUGCUGCAGUCCAGGACCUCCCGCAAGUUCCUGGCGUGUCGCCUCACCCCUGACAUGGAGACCAAGCUGCUCUUCAUGACCUCGAGGGUGCGCUUUGGGCAGCAGAAGCGUUAUCAGGACUGGUUCCAGCGGCAGUACCUGUCCACCCCUGACAGCCAGUCCCUGCGCUGUGACCUGAUCCGCUACAUCUGCGGCGUGGUGCACCCGUCCAACGAGGUGCUGAGCUCGGACAUCCUGCCCCGCUGGGCCAUCAUCGGCUGGCUGCUCACCACCUGCACGUCCAACGUGGCCGCCUCCAACGCCAAGCUGGCUCUGUUCUACGAUUGGCUCUUCUUCAACCCCGAGAAGGACAGCAUCAUGAACAUCGAACCUGCCAUCCUGGUCAUGCACCACUCCAUGAAACCCCACCCGGCCAUCACGGCCACGCUGCUGGACUUCAUGUGCAGGAUCAUUCCCAACUUUUACCCCCCUCUGGAGGCGCACGUCCGCCAGGGCGUCUUCAACUCCCUCACGCACAUCGUGGAGAAGCGAGUCCUGGCGCACCUGGCCCCGCUCUUUGACAACCCCAAACUGGACAAGGAGCUCCGGGCGAUGCUCCGGGAGAAAUUUCCGGAAUUCUGCAGCUCCCCCUCGCCCCCCAUGGAAGUGAAAAUCGAGGAGCCCGUUGCCAUGGAGAUGGAGAAUCACCUGGAGAAGGAUGACGGUUGCUAUGACAACGCCGAGGCCGCCUUCAGUGACGACGAGGAGGAGCUGAGCAGCAAAGGGGGCAAGAAGAGGGAGUUCCGGUUCCAUCCCAUCAAGGAAUCCAUCGUGGAGGAGCCCGUGGACAUCACCCCGUUCCUGGAGCAGCUGGACGAGUCCCUGAGGGACAAAGUGCUGCAGCUGCAGAAGGGCAGUGACACGGAGGCGCAGUGCGAGGUCAUGCAGGAGAUCGUGGAUCAGGUGCUGGAGGAGGAUUUUGACUCGGAGCAGCUCUCGGUGCUCGCCUCGUGCCUGCAGGAGCUCUUCAAGGCCCAUUUCCGUGGGGAGGUGCUGCCGGAGGAGAUCACGGAGGAGUCCCUGGAGGAGUCCGUGGGGAAGCCCCUGUACCUGAUAUUCCGGAACCUGUGCCAGAUGCAGGAGGACAACAGCGGCUUCUCGCUGCUGCUGGACCUGCUCUCGGAGCUCUACCAGAAGCAGCCCAAGAUCGGAUACCACCUGCUCUACUACCUGAGGGCCAGCAAGGCGGCGCUGGGCAGGAUGGCGCUCUACGAGUCCUUUGCCCAGGCCACGCAGCUGGGCGAGCUGCACACGUGCCUCAUGAUGGACAUGAAGGCGUGCCAGGAGGACGACGUGCGCCUGCUCUGCUUCCUCACGCCCUCCAUCUACACCGAGUUCCCAGAUGAGACCCUGAGGAGCGGGGAGCUGCUGAACAUGAUCGUGGCUGUCAUCGACUCCUUCCAGCUCCAGGAGCUCGUGUGCCACGUGAUGAUGGGAAACCUCGUCAUGUUCCGCAAGGAUUCCGUGCUGAACAUCCUCAGUGAGUGGGGUGGGAUGGAAUGGGAAUUGGG